AUGUUCAACCUCCGUAACCUGUCCCUCUUUGCCGCCCUUCUGGGCGGCGCUCAAGCCGUGACACCACUGACGGAUUCCCAAAUGACCACACUCCUCAACGAGGGCGGCGUCGGUCUUGCCAUGGCCGCGCAGCCAAUGUGGUUCUUCGGACAGGCCAUGAACCAGCCACCCUGCAUCCCAACAUGGGCCAUUUCAAACAACCAACAAACUCCAGGGUCCGAUCUAUGCGCAUGGCCUAACGCGGGAUGCAACUGCCGCAAGCCGGGAGUCGGAAUCGUCAACCAGGCACCCGAGUUUCCUGUCUACUACAGCUAUAACAAGUGCAACGACAGGGAGGUCAGGGUGGCAUACAACUUGUUCUACGAAAAGGAUGGGUUCACGCCCUCGGGGGUCCUGGGACACAAGUACGACUGGGAGCGAGUCAUCGUGAUCUGGGCCAAGAACAACGAUAACACCUGGCGCCAGUCGCAGCUUCUUCUGUCGCAGCACUCGGGAUACGACAGGAAGAACUGGGGAGAUAUCCAGAACACCUUCAACACCGUCGACGCCACGCUCCCGCGUGGCGGAGACAACGGCCGCAGGGACCUCGACCACCCCAAGGUGUACGUUGCCUGGGCCAAGCACGCAAACUACCACGACCGCAACACGGGUUGGAACGACGCGCUCUCGCAGCUCACGAACAACGCGUUCCGUUCGCAGGAUUGGUGGCAUUACCACGCAGGCAGUUCUUAUAUCCGCGCUGACCCCUCGACUGAGGCUGGACAGCGCCUGGCGGCGAUGGAUUGGGGUUCGGCGACAAGCCACCCAGUCAAUGUUCAUGGAGGACUUUGCUCUGCUUGA